UUUUUUUCAUUUUAUUCCUAUUCAUUUCCCUCUUUCUAUCACUCACUAUUACACCUCACUCACACAUGUUUCCUUAUAAAUACAUAGAAAAAGAGUGAAGGACAUAAAGAGUGUUGAGUCAAUUGAGUGAGGUAGCUUGAAUUGAAGUUUGGUGAUGAUUUUAGAGAUGGGUUCCAUGUGGGUGGUCCUUAUGGCCAUUGGUGGUGGUCUUUUAGUCUUAAGAUCCAUUCUCAAAAAUGUAAAUUGGUGGCUCUAUGAAUCCAAAUUAGGUGUGAAGCAGUACUCUCUACCACCUGGUGACAUGGGAUGGCCCUUCAUUGGUAACAUGUGGUCCUUUCUUAGAGCUUUCAAGUCUAAGGACCCUGAUUCCUUCAUCUCCUCCUUUGUCUCGAGAUAUGGAAGUACUGGAAUAUACAAAGCCUUAAUGUUUGGAAACCCAAGUGUGAUUGUGACAACACCUGAAGCAUGCAAAAGAGUUCUAUCAGAUGAUGAAAAAUUCACACCUGGUUGGCCGCGAUCAACGAUAGAGCUCAUCGGAAAGAACUCAUUCAUUGCAAUGGCUUACGACGAACAUAAGCGCCUUAGACGUUUAACAUCAUCUUCGAUCAAUGGCAUGGAAGCACUGUCUUUGUACUUGACAUAUAUCGAAGAGAAUGUUAUAAGCUCGUUAGAGAAAUGGUCCAACAUGGGACAAAUUGAGUUUUUAACCGAGAUUCGAAAGCUUACUUUUAAAAUCAUUAUGCAUAUUUUCCUUAGCUCAGAAAGUGAACCUGUUAUGGAGGCUUUGGAAAAAGAAUACACAAUACUUAAUCAUGGAGUUCGAGCUAUGCACAUAAAUGUUCCUGGAUUUGCUUAUUAUAAAGCUCUCAAGGCUAGGAAAAAUCUAGUUGCGAUAUUUCAAUCUAUUGUGGAUGAGAGAAGAAAUAUAAGGAAGAGAUAUUCACAGAAGAAAGCCAAAGAUAUGAUGGAUUCUCUCAUAGAUGUUGAAGAUGAUAAUGGAAGAAAAUUGGGUGAUGAAGAUAUCAUUGAUAUAAUGUUAAUGUACUUGAAUGCUGGUCAUGAGUCUUCAGGACAUAUUACCAUGUGGGCUACCUAUUUCUUACAAAAGCAUCCAGAAUAUCUUCAAAAGGCCAAGGAAGAACAAGAAGAAAUAAUAAAGAGGAGGCCUCCAACACAAAAAGGGUUGACCCUUAAGGAAAUCCGCGGCAUGGAUUUUCUUUAUAAGGUGAUCGAUGAAACAAUGCGCGUGAUAACAUUCUCAUUGGUGGUCUUUCGAGAGGCAAAAUCAGAUGUCAUGAUCAAUGGUUACACCAUUCCAAAAGGUUGGAAAGUGCUAACAUGGUUCAGAUCAGUUCACCUUGACCCUGAAAUAUAUCCCAAUCCAAAGGAAUUUAAUCCUAAUAGAUGGAAUAAGGAACACAAGGCAGGGGAAUUCCUUCCCUUUGGAGCAGGAACUAGAUUGUGUCCUGGCAAUGAUCUUGCCAAAAUGGAAAUAGCAGUUUUUCUUCAUCAUUUCAUUCUAAAUUACCAGCUUGAACAACUUAAUCCUAAAUGCCCUGUUAGAUACUUACCACAUACAAGGCCAAUGGACAAUUGCUUAGGAAGGGUCAAGAAAUGUUCAUCUACAUAAACUUGAAGUGGAAGAAAGAGAGAGAGCUUAUGACAUGAAUAUGGUUCUUUGUAAUAUGAAAAAUAUCUUCAUGUUUGCCUUUUGAUAAAUCCACAAAUCCUAAGCUACUUUCAGCUACGUUAUCAUAGUUGGAUGAAAAAGUGUAGGAAGUUUCACACCUUAUACAAAUAAGAAAUAAAUAUAAUUAGCAAGUCUCAUGCUACCCUUUAAGCUUAUGAUUAUCUCUAUCUACAUUCAAAAGAAAAAAUUCUUGUUUACUUUUUUUCCAUAAAAAAUCUUUUUUACUUUCCA